GCAACCUUCUAAAACAUAUUCUCUCCGUUAAUUCUGUUUUGUUCUCUUUACAACAUUUCCAACAACAAUACACAAAUCAAAAUCAACAACAAUACACAAAAAAUGCUUCACAAAUGUUUCGUUCUUCCUUCUUCAAAAAACCCAUUCCAAAUAUUCUUGUCUCACCACACACAAGAACCUUUCACUCUUCACUUUCUCUCCAAUGGAAGCUUCGAGAAGAAACAACAAACCUUCCACAACAAGAACUCAUCGAUCGAAUCUCCCGACUCCUCAUCCUCAACCGUCCUCAAUCCCUCCGCAAUCUCUCCUUCAAAUUCUCCGACAACCUCACUGACUCUCUCCUCCGCCGUCUCCGUCUACACCCCUCCGCUUGUCUCUCCUUCUUCAACAUUGCCACACACCAUUCUCAUUAUCGUCCUCAUUCUCUCUCUUACUCUAUCCUUCUCCACAUCAUCGUCCACGCUCGCAUGUUCCCCGAAACCACUACCAUUCUCCGCCAGCUUCUAUCGCUUCAUUGCACCAACAACUACCGCGCUUAUGCUGUCUGCAACCAUGUCUUUGCUGUUUACAAUGAGUUUGGAUUUUCCUCUAAAGUUUUUGAUAUGUUGCUUAAGGCUUUUGUGGAGAAAGGGAUGACCAAACAUGCACUCUACGUGUUUGAUGAAAUGUGGAGGAUUGGUAGAGUGCCUCCUUUAAGGUCUUGCAGUUUCUUGUUGGCUAAGUUAGUUAGUAAGGGGGAAGGGAGUACUGCCAUUAUGGUUUUUGAUCAGAUUCUGAGGAUUGGGAUUGUGCCUGAUGUUUAUAUUUGUAGCAUUGUUGUCAACGCGCAUUGUCAAGUUGGUAGAGUGGAUGUUGCUAUGGGAUUUUUGGAUAAGAUGGUGAAAGAUGGAUUGGAGCCUAAUGUUGUUACUUACAAUGGUUUGAUUAAUGGGUAUGUUAGUCAAGGGGAUUUUGAAGGAAUUGAGAGGGUGUUGAGAAUGAUGUCUGAAAGAGGGGUUUUGCGGAAUGUGGUUACUUGUACUAUGCUGAUGAGGGGUUAUUGCAAGAAGGGGAAGAUGGAUGAGGCGGAGAAGUUGCUUCGGGAAGUAGAGGAGGAUAAGUUGUUGAUUGUUGAUGAGCGUGUUUAUGGUGUGUUGGUGGAUGGUUAUUGUCAAAUGGGGAGAAUGGAUGAUGCUGUUAGGAUUCAAGAUGAGAUGUUGAGGGUUGGGUUGAAGAUGAAUAUGGUUAUUUGUAACACGUUGGUUAAGGGAUAUUGUAAGCACGGUCAGGUUUGUGAAGCCGAGCGAGUGUUUAUAGGGAUGGUGGAUUGGAAUUUAAAACCGGAUUGUUAUAGCUAUAAUACAUUAUUGGAUGGAUACUGCAGAGCAGGGGAAAUGAGUAAGGCUUUUAUGCUUUGUGAGGACAUGUUAGGGGAAGGGAUUACUCCAUCGGUUGUGACGUACAAUACUGUUCUCAAGGGAUUGGUUGAUGUGGGUUCCUAUGCCGAUGCUUUGGGCCUUUGGCAUUUGAUGGUGGAUCGAGGUGUGGCUCCGAAUGAAGUCAGCUAUUGUACUAUGCUUGAUUGUUUUUUCAAGAUGGGAGAUUCUGACAGGGCUGUGAUGCUUUGGAAAGAAAUUUUAGGUAGGGGAUUUACGAAGAGUGCAGUUCCAUUCAAUACAAUGAUCAGUGGAUUGUGUAAGAUGGGGAAAGUGACGGAAGCCGAAACUGUUUUUGAUAGGAUGAAGGAACUUGGAUUGUCACCGGAUGAAAUAACGUAUAAGACUUUGAGUGAUGCAUAUUGUAAAAAUGGAAAUGUUCAGGAAGCUUUUAGAAUUAAAGACAUGAUGGAAAGAAAGGCGAUGUCUCCUUCCAUGGAAAUGUACAAUUCCCUUAUUAAUGGACUUUUUAAGGUUAGGAAGUCAAAUGAGGUUACUAAACUCCUUGUAGAGAUGCAAACAAGAGGAUUAUCACCAAACGUUGUUACCUAUGGAACCCUUAUUUCUGGUUGGUGCGAUGAACAGAAGCUGGACAAAGCUUUUAAUUUAUAUUCUGAGAUGAUUGAAAGAGGGUUUAUUCCCAAUUCGGUGGUCUGCAGCAAAAUUGUUAGCAGCCUUUACCGGGAUGCUAGAAUCAAUGAAGCAACUAUAAUCCUAGACAAGAUGGUGGAUUUUGAUCUUCUUACAGUUCAUAAUAAAUGUUCUGAUAAGUUGGUAAAAAACGAUGCAACUUUAGAAGCUCAGAAAAUUGCUGAUUCGCUUGAUAAAAGUGCUAUAUGUAAUUCUCUUCCAAAUAACAUUGUGUAUAACAUAGCUAUAGAUGGACUUUGCAAGUCUGGAAAAGUUGAUGAAGCAAGAAGUGUUCUGUCCGUUUUGAUGUCUAGAGGUUUUCUUCCAGAUAAUUUCACAUAUUGUUCAUUAAUUCAUGCCUGUUCAGCUUCUGGCAAUGUGGAUGAAGCUUUCAAGUUAAGGGAUGAGAUGCUGGAGAGAGGUGUUGUUCCAAAUAUUACGACUUAUAAUGCAUUAAUAAAUGGUUUGUGCAAAUUAGGAAAUAUUGGUCGAGCACAGAGACUUUUCCAUAAACUUCAUCAAAAGGGUUUGGUUCCUAAUGUUGUAACCUAUAAUAUACUAAUCAGUUGUUACUGUAGAAUUGGCGAUCUUGAUAAAGCCUCUAAAUUGAGAGAGAAGAUGACAGAAGAAGGGAUUUCUACUAGUCCUCUGCCUUGAUCACUGGUUGUUUGGGAGGACUCUAAACUUUUUGGAUCAAGUUAUUCAGGCAGAUUUAAAUCAAAUUCCUGCCUGAUACCCAUAAAUUUUGCUGUAAAGUUUGGAGAAAAACGGCAACGCAGCUAUUCCAAGGUAUCUGAAAGAGUCCUUUACUUGUGGAACAAUGACCACAUUGUCAAUUUGAUUGCUCACAACCGUCAGGUGAUACUACCUAUCAUAUUUCCAGCUCUGGAGAAGAAUUCUCAAAGCCACUGGAACCGGGCAGUGCUCAACUUAACUCAUAAUGUUAGAAAGAUGUUUCUGGAGAUGGACGAGAAUCUCUUUCUUACUAGUCAAUCUCAGUAUAAGGAGGAUGAAGCAAUGCUAAACAUGGAAUCCGAGAAACGAAAUGAAGCUUGGAAACAAUUAGAACAUACAGCCAGUCUCAAGCCUGUAGUCGGAAACACCGCUGUCUUAGUGUCUCCGAUUUGAUAAUGCGAAAUGUAUGUUUGAGUAUAAUUCUCUUUCCACCUGUUAUGGUGGAAAACCACAAGAAAUGUGGUAAAUGGUUGUUCCUAGGAGUAACUUUUCAUUUUUUGGGUCAUAUAUGACUUAUGCUUCUGGCAGCCAAAUGUUGUAACAUGUAACAUGUUUUUCAUUGAUAACUGUAUGGUAGCAACUUACCUCCUCAAGAUAAGUUAUGAGAAGGACCGUGCAGCUGAUUAAUCAAACCAUUUUUCUGUAUAAGCUUAUUUCCAAAAUCUGCAGUGUGUAUGAUCUUCCUUGCUUGCUCCCGGUACUCUUACCUUUGGUGUUGAUUUCUAAACAAUGUGAGAGUUUUUACUGUACAGAAUAAUAUGAAUAAUAAAAAAGAAAAUAUAUUGAGUAUUGUAUUUUUUUAGCAUAUCAAACGCAACCUUAGAGGGAUGAGAUGGGUAGCUCAAUUGGUUAAGCUAGUUUAGCUAAGGGUUAAGGAGUUGGGAGUUCAUUUUAGUCCAUUUUAGCAUAUCAAAAAUAAAUUUAGUUGAGCAUAUAAAAAAUUCUCAAAACAUUACCUCUAGUCUUUAGUCCAUUUUCUAAGAUACUAUUGUCUUAACAAAAAAUGAUGUAUUUAGUCUAUAUUACAAAUCAAGUAGAUUAACUUUUGGCUUUUCACCAAAAAAAGAAAAA